AUCCUUUUGAUUUUUAUUCGAUUCGAUUUCCUCUGUUUGGUUUUAUCAGUUUUCUUUUAGAAUCUCUCUGAUCUGGCUUUUCCUCUUCUACUAACCUUUGUUGUAGAAACUUGUGAGUUAGAUCGAUUCAAAACCCAAACAUAGAUUAGUAAAAAGAGAAACCCUUUAUAGGUUUUUUUGGGGUUUUUGUCUCCUCAGUCUGACCAAUGGGUUCACAGGUUUCUUGUCUAGUUGCUUGAGGCUUUUGGGUUGGUGGAGUUGAAUAGAGUUAUGAGAAGAGGUAGAGGAAAAGGCAAGAGGCAGAAUGCUACUGCUAGAGAAGAUCGAGGGAGCGGUGAAGAAGAAAAGAUUCCAGCUUUUAGGAGAAGAGGGAGGCCACAGAAGCCGGUGAAAGAUGAAAUCGAAGAAGAAGAAGUAGAGCUAGUAAAGAAGACAGAAGAGGAAGAAGACAAGGAUGAUGAUACAAAUGGUUCUGUAACAAGUAAAGAAGAUGUGACAGAGAAUGGGAGGAAGAGGAAGAAACCAGUAGAGUCUAAAGAGAGCAACAUAACUGAAGAAGAGAAUGGGGUAGGAUCAAAAUCAAGCACAGAAGAUUCGAUGAAAUCAUCGUCGUCUAUUGGGUUUAGGCAGAAUGGGAGCAGAAGGAAGAACAAACCAAGACGAGCUGCUGAAGCUGUUGUUGAAUGUAAUGGGGCCGAGUCAGGUGGUUCUUCUUCCACCGAGUCUUCUUCACUCAGUGGUGGACUCAGGUUUGGUCAGAAGAUCUACUUCGAGGAUGGAUCCGGAUCCGGAAGCAAGAACCGGGUCAAUACGGGUCGUAAGUCGACAAUGACGGCGAGGUGCCAAGUGGAAGGUUGUAGAAUGGAUCUAAGCAAUGUAAAAGCUUAUUACUCAAGACACAAAGUUUGUUGCAUUCACUCUAAAUCAUCUAAAGUCAUUGUCUCUGGUCUUCAUCAAAGGUUUUGCCAACAAUGUAGCAGGUUUCACCAGCUUUCUGAGUUUGACUUAGAGAAAAGAAGUUGUCGCAGACGACUCGCUUGUCAUAACGAACGUCGAAGAAAGCCACAAUCCACAACGUCUCUUUUCACUUCUCGUUACUCUCGAAUCGCUCCAUCUCUUUACGGGAACCCCAAUGCUGCAAUGAUCAAAAGCGUUUUAGGAGAUCCUAUGGCGUGGUCAACCGCAAAAUCAGUGAUGCGGCGGUCUGGACCGUGGCAGAUUAACCCGGAAAGGGAAAGCCAUCAACUUUUGAAUGUUUUGUCACAUGGAAGCUCAAGCUUUACUACAUGUCCAGAGAUCAUAAACAACAAUAGCACAGAUUCAAGCUGUGCUCUCUCUCUUCUGUCAAACUCAAACCCAAUUCAGCAGCAGCAACUUCAGACACCAACAAAUUUGUGGCGACCAUCUUCUGGUUUCGACUCGCUGAUCUCAUUCUCCGAUAGGGUUACAAUGGCUCAGCCACCGCCCAUUUCAACCCAUCAUCAGUACCUCAGCCAAACUUGGGAAGUCAUGGCGGGCGAAAAGAGCAAUUCACAUUAUAUAUCUCCUGUGAGUCAAAUCUCUGAGCCAGCUGAUUUCCAGAUAAGCAAUGGCAGCACAAUGGGUGGAUUUGAGUUGUCUCUUCAUCAGCAAGUUCUCAGGCAAUACAUGGAACCCGAGAACACAAGAGCUUAUGACUCUUCUCCUCAACAUUUCAAUUGGUCUCUUUGAGUCUAAUCUCUUUUACCCUUUUAAGUUUUAAGACAAUUGUUUUUGGAUUAACUCGUUCAUCUGCACCAAGCGCUUACCCUGUGUAAGAUUGGCUACUAAGAUCUUAUCAAUUAUCUGUUGUAUACUACUUAAAACCAGGCAAUGAUGCCUGAUAAUGGUUUUCCGUUUGGAUGUUAUUUUAAUGGCUUUUGAUCUUUCUAAGAACUUUGGUUUUAUUGAUGAUCUCUUUGAUUAGUUUACAAUUUUACAUCGAACUGAGACGUAGGUUUACAUGAAUUUGGAGAUCAAAUUGAAACACCAACAUCAUCAAUAUAUUGUUUUAUCAGAU